AUGCAUGUUAGUCAUUCAGCUGUGAAAGAAUUGAUCUUGAGAGAAAUUUGGGAUUAUGAAUAUCGUGUUGUCUCUGAGGUUGAAAUUUCAGCUCCUAAUCUUCAGUCAUUGCAGAUUUUAGGAUGUUUAGGGAGGACUACUUGUCGGCUGCUUGAUGUGUCGUCUCUGGUUGACGCCACGCUCAAUUUUGACUUGAUAAGGCCUGGUGAGGACAGCGAUGAUGAUAGCGACCUUGACAGCAAAGAUGAAAGUGACGUUGACGGCGAGGAUGGUUAUGAAAGUAUUCAAAAGGUUUUAAGGGGGCUUCUCGAGAGCCUUGUUCACGUAAAGAACAUUACUUUAGGUACUUGGGCUGUACAGGUGCUAUCAAUAAUGGAAGCCAAAGGUUUGUGCUCUCCCGUAUUAAUGAAGUGCAAAUGUUUAAAGCUAGAUACGCCUAUCUUCAAAUCAGUCUCCCCUGGGAUAGCUAACCUGUUGGAAAGUUCGCCAAAUCUGGAGACGUUGGUCGUCACAACCAUGUCCUCUUCCAGUUACUACGAGAUUUUAGGAUGUUUAGGGAGGACUACUUGUCGGCUGCUUGAUGUAUCGUCACUGGUUGAUGCCACACUCAAUUUUGGCUUUAUAAGGCCUGGUGAUGAAAGCGAUGAUGAUAGCGACCUUGACCCCGAUGAUGGUUAUGAAAGUAUUCAAAAGGUUUUAAGGGGACUUCUCGAGAGCCUUGUUCAUGUGAAGAACAUUACUUUAGGUACUUGGGCUAUACAGGUACUAUCAAUAAUGGAAGCCAAAGGUUUGCGCUCUCCCCUUUUGAAGUGCGAAUGUUUAAGGUUAGAUACGCAUAUCUUCAAAUCAGUCCUCCCUGGGAUAGCUAACCUGUUGGAAAGUUCGCCUAAUCUGGAGACAUUCGGAGUCACAGCCAUGUCCCCUUCCAGUUACUGUGAGUUGUGUUCUUUCACUAUCUUUUACUUAUUUGUUCAUUACUUCACGAGGUAUGUAGAGCAUAAUAUAUCCUGUUGUCUCUUGCUUGACUCGUUUCUAGUGUUCGGUGGUUGCUACAAAUGUUGGGCGCCCUCUUUAUAG